UAAGAAUUUUUCCGUAGUCAUCACGAAGCAGCUGCUCUUCUUCCUUUUGAUAAGAUGAGAAUAAACAUGGAAGCCUGGAAAAGAACAAGAGUUACCAGUUAUCAGCUCAGCCAGCAGCUUUUAUUCGUAUUUAAGAUCGGAAGAUUUCACAAAUAUAAAUCUUCAUAAUACGGAUAAAAUUGAAGUACAGUUAUUGUCGAAUAACGCCAAUCAAUAUACAGCAAUAAUUUUUGCUGAUAAACAACUCUUAGAAAAAGUCAAUACCUCAAUUUUAUUCAUCCAGUCGACUGUCGAAGUGCUUCCAGAAGACAUCGGUGGUAUUCAGUCAACCUUUGUUUCGACUCAUCAUACCGAUUAUAUGUUCCCUAUCAUAUGGAUUAUUGAGUUCGAAAAAUCGGAAGAAAACUGUCAAAAAAUCGUUGACUCAAUGCUUAGCUUAAAAACUGCAUUCGUUCCAAGAGAAAUAUACGGAGACUUCGACGAUAAUUAUUUUAAAGCUUUAAAUUCUUUAAUUCCGAAUAUCAUUAUGAUGGGAACAUUAGGGUCGUACUGUAACAUAAUGCCGCUAACCGUUUUAAUCUUCAAUUGAGAGAUGAAGUAACUCUUGCAAUAUUCUCGAAAAUAAUUGGGACGAGUUUGUUACCAUCAAAUCAAUUAUUGGAAUCAUUCCGUUUGGUAAUAUCAUCCAUGACCGAAGAGCAGUUUAAUUUGUUCGAAGAAUUUCUCAAAUUUUUUAAUACAAGCUGGUUGUCUGGAAUUGAUCCAGAGCAAUGCAGCUUCUACAAGUGUCCUACUGCCUUAUGGAAAAAUUCGGAUUUAAUCAUCAUACACAUGACUAAUAGUUUCAGAAAUUCGCCAAGUAUAUGGAAUUUUAUGGAACAAGUUCUGUCCAGUUGUGACCAAUGUGAUUUUCAUGUUAAAGAUUUAUUAAGAAAUGGACGUACCAAUUGGAAUACAAAUAAAAUAAAAAACAUUUUUAAUGGGAUGAAAAAUUUCAAAUCAAUCGAUAAAUUGUGGCAAAACCUCGAAAACGGAAGUGUGGAUAUAAAAAAUUUCCUAGAAAAAAUUAGCACUUCUUUAGUUCCAGUGGUGCAAAAUUUUAACUUUGUCCGUAGAACUAUUCGACCCCAGUUCAAACUUCUAAGAUUGGCUGGAAAUGAACAAGUUGUAAUACUACUUAAAGAUAUUCGAAGAACUCCGAAUGACACUCUCCUGGAAGUUACUAUACCUGCUGAGCUUGGUGACGUUGCACAGCCACCUAACAUUGAUGACGAGACGCCUCCUGACCUAGCAGAUGUGGAAUUAACAGAAAAUGAAUCUACUAAUCAUGCAGAUGAAGAAAUGGCUCAAUUUGUUGAACAAUUUAUAGCGGCAAGAAGCAUCACUCAUGCUGAAAAUGACCCGAUUGAAGUGGACCCAAACAACGAUAGACAAGAGGAAAGACAUGAAGUGAACGAGAGACAAGUGGAAAUCCAUGAGGAUAAUGAGAUACUAGAGGAAGAAGGUGAAGAGAACGAAAGACAAGAGGAAAUCUACGAAGAUAUUGAGAGAUUAGAGGAAGAACAUGAAAAGAACGAAAGACAACAGGAAAUCUAUGUAGAUAUUGAGAGACUAGAGGAAGAAAAUGAGGAGAACGAGAGACAAAUGGAAGUCCCUGAAGAUAAUGAGAGACAAGAGGAAGAAGAUGAAGAUUGUGAAAUACAAAAGGAAGAAUAUGAAUACGAGUUGGAACAUGCUAUACUUACUGGACAUCGUUUGAUGUGUUUAGUUAAGAAACCAAUCAUCUUUUACAAGCUGUGUAGACAUUUGGCAUCUUGUAAUAAAUGUAACGAAAAUUGGUUAAAGGAGACUGUUUCCGAAAAAAAAGAAUUCAGCUGCAUAGUAUGCAGAGGACUCGUUGAAGUUGUGCAUAAUUUAACUAAAAGAAAGUAACAUUUUUUUUGACUUAAGUAUUUUUGAAUAAGUGUUAUGUUUGUCAAAGAUUAGUAUAAUACUUUUUAUUUUAUUUAUUAAAUUAAAGAAUAUAAAA